AGCUUCGGAGCCAUCGUUGCGAAGUUCUGCGGCGUGGUUGACCCCACGGUGCGGGGUAGCUUAAACCUCCAAUGUGGGGCCUGUCAAGCUCCAAAUACCCCUGCAGCAGCGUGCGAGUAUCCCGAACUUUGAUGUAUUCGAUUUGGUUCUCACUGCCACUUUUCCUUGAGAAAGAAACGCGAGUGAAUAAAUCGUCAUGGCGCCUUUGACAACGUACCCUGAUUUUGGAGAGUCUACAACAGCGACUGAAGUCACUAAAGUAUUCUCGGAGCAAAUCAAAGGUAAACAUGUAUUGCUUGUGGGCGUCAGUCCCAAUAGUUUAGGAGAGCACAUGGCAGUCGCUAUCGCCUCACACGAACCAGCUCUCCUAAUCCUCGCUUCUCGAACGGCGAGCAACAUCAGCCAGGUAAUCGACAAGAUCAAAUCCAGCACAGCAAACAUUCCAAAAUCAGUUCUGGUUGACCUUUCAUCCCAAGCUUCUAUCCGGACGGCAGCGAAGGAUAUCUCUUCUCUGACGCCAAAACUCGAUGUCAUAAUCAACAAUGCUGCGUUGAACAUUCCAACUUGGCAAGGAACAAAGGAAGGAAUAGAAACACAUUUCGGAACAAACCACAUUGGACUCUUUCUACUCACCAAUCUCCUUCUCCCUGUCGUCCUCUCGGCUGCUUCUUCGAACACCCCAGGAUCAACCAGAAUCGUGAACUUGACAUCGGCUGGACAUCGAUUGUCCCCUAUUAGGUUCAGCGAUUAUAAUUUCAAGAAGAGUUAUGUGGAUUUACCGGAAGAGGAACAGCCGCCGAAAGGGUUGCCGCCGCAGUUGUUGGAUGCUAAAGAGCCGUAUAAUCCGUUUAUGGCCUAUGCGCAGAGUAAGACGGCGAAUAUACUUUUUUCUUUGAGCCUAGAGGAGGGGUUAGGAGGGAAGAAUGUGAGGAGUUAUAGUGUGCAUCCUGGCUCAAUUUGGACAGGAUUGGCAAGAAAUCUUGACGACGAAGGACAGAAACUGAUUAAGUCUACUGGGAAGUCAUGGAAGAACGGGGAUCAAGGUGCUGCUGGAACGUUAGUUGCAGCUUUUGAUCCUGCACUGAAUGAGCCAAAUGGUGUGUAUAUGGCUGAUUGUCAGUAUGCCGAGGCCGCGCCUUUCGCAACAGAUCCGAAGAUGGCGCAGAGACUUUGGGCUUUGAGCGAGGAAUUGGUUGGUGAAAAGUUCAGCUUGAGCUGA